AUGGAUUUCGACCCGCAUUCGAUCAAAUGGCAGUGCUGUUGCUGCUCUCUUCCGUCAGGUAACACAGAAAUACCGUUAAUUGAAACCGGCGUAUCUCCGCUAUUUGUAGAGAUAUCAAAAAGUGGUCAACUGAUAAAAGAUGCACGAUUUUCUAAUAAACAAUUCAUCAUUUGACAAUUUUUUGAUAUCUCCACCGACAGAGGAGAUAAUUCGUUUUGUGUUAAGGAAUGCGUCUGCUGGCGUCUGUCGAGUUCGCGUUCUGCGUCAUCACCGGAACCAUCACAAUGUACAACAUAAUUCAUCAGAAACCAGAAGUGAGUUGAAAUGAUGAGAAAGAUGAUAAUAUGUAUUAAACAAAAAGUAUGGGGGAUCAGAAAUCAGAGUGAAACGAGUGGAAUGUUGAAGGGAUGGGCGGCAGGUGCUUCGUUUAUGCUCCGGUCAAGUUCAGUGAUCGGAGAGCAGAUGAAAACUACUGUCGAAAAAAACAUUGAGGACACGGAGACAUAGUCUAGUGAAGUACCGCCCAAAAAAAUAAGAUUGCGCCCUACCAAACUCAGUUCUUACAAGUGAAGUUCGAUAUCGAAGACCAGAGUUGCGCGGAAAAACUCAACGGAAGAACACGGAAGAAUUUUUAUCUUUUUUAGAAAAUUUUUUCAUAAAAUGUGAUCAACUGACGAAAUGUAUAGCAAAGUGAACUGUGCUCAUAGAAAAAUUAUUGUAAAUUUGGCUUUUCAUACAAGAAAGUUAUUCGAGUUGUUGCGUGAAAAAAGGAGGGCUAACGGAAGACGGAACGAAUAACUUUUUUGUAUGAAAAGUUAAAUUUACAAUUGUUUUUCUAUGAGCACAGUUCACUUUGCUAUACAUUUCGUCAGUUGAUCAUAUUCCAUGAAAAAUUUUUCUAAAAAAGAUAAUGGGGCUAUUCAGCGUAUGUUUGUUUUGAAUUGGGUUUUUUGACGUAAAAAACGAAAAAAAACGGAAAAAAAAUCAAUUCUUCCGUGUUCUUCCGUUGAGUUCUUCCGCUCAACUCUGUCGAAGACGUUUCAUAUCAAUUUUGAAUGGACGCGGCUGAAAAUGUCACGAGAAUGAAACGUCUUGAAACGGAAUGAGUUUGGAGGGAAACGAGUCGUCAACUUACGAUUGGCACAAAAGUUGAGAGGCUGUCCGAACUGACGAUCAAGUAUUGCAGGAGCUGACGGCGUUCGAAGUGUGUCUCGUCGGUCUGAUGCUCUUCUUCGCGCUCACGUGCGUCAUGCUGAUCAUCGGAGUGCAGAAGCACGCGCAUCAGCUCAUCUACCCGUCGCUCCUGGCGCGCGGCCUCACCACUCUCUUCCUCACCGUCUUCGGCGUCUCCACCGUGUUCGCGUCCACCAAAUCGCAGCAUCCGCCGUCGGUGCACCAGUCGUGGAAGAAGGGCGGAAAGUACGCGCACGACGAGCCGAACAUGGCCCUUCGACUCGUUCUUUUCGUGUUCGCCAUGCUCUUUCUGACCGUUAUCAUCUUCUAUUGCUCGUAUUUGGUCGUCCGACUCAUUCACUACGAACAGUCCUACGCGCGGCUCAAGGAACGACGCUCUUCGCUCAUUCAGGCCGGAAUGAUUGGUCAGUUACGCAAAAUUUCAACAAAAAAAAAUGUUCAAAACAAUUUCUUUUCAGACCCCGACUACCCGUCGCCGCACAAUUACUCCGCUUCUCGUCGCGCUUCUUCUGCCUGA